AUGAGUGUCUUUAAGAAGCUCAGAGUAGGAGAGCCCAGCCCCACAACUGUCACCUUACAAUUGGAAGACAAGUCCCUAGUAUAUCCUGAAGGUAAAUUAGAAAAUGUUUUUGUCAAGGUAGAUAAAUUUAUUUUACCUGCUGACUUCAUAAUUUUAGAUUAUGAGGAGGAUAGGGAGGUGCCAAUAAUUUUGGGGAGAGCAUUUUUAGCCACUAGUGGGGCUGUGAUAGAUGUAAAAGAAGGGGAAUUAUCCAUGAAUGUUAAUGGGGAGCAAAUAAAGUUUAACAUUUUGAAAGCCAUGAAAUACCCAAAAGAGUUUGAAGAGUGCUCCAUGUUGGACAUUAUUGACUUGGCUGUUAAGGAAAAAUUAGCAGACAAGGAAAACAACAGCUCUAAAGAACAGUAG